AUGAAGAGUUAGUGUGGCAUAAUUUUGAAUUUUCAGGAAAUAGAUUAUGUAAACUUUGGAAUAGAGAUGAUAUAUAUGGUAAACCCAUAACAGUACACUAUGUCGAUCAAAUUAGUCAACCAUUUGGUAAUAUUCAAGUUGAUAAGAUAUCACUAGCUGCUGCCUCAUCAAACUUUAGAGUUGCUAAAAAUAUAGUUGACUGUAAUUUGUCAGAUGAUGAGAUUUUGAAUUUGCGUGAUAUACAAUCUGAUAAUGGAAUGGGAAUUAAUAGAUGUUAG